GGCCAAAUCCACGCUGCUCCUCAUCCCUCUGUUCGGGAUGCACUACAUGCUGUUUGCCUUCCUGCCAGAAAACACCGGAGCAGAGGCCCGACUCUUCAUCGAGCUCGGUGUUGGAUCCUUUCAGGGAUUCGGCGUGGCUCUGCUCUACUGCUUCCUGAAUGGAGAGGUGCAGGCAGAACUAAAGAAGAGGUUCUGGAAGUGGCAGACUCAGAAUUACCUGAGAUACAGUAAACGACGGCGUACGUUGUUCACUGAGAGCAGCACUCAGAUCUCUGUUCUGGACAAAUCCAGCCCCAAAGAUCAGCCGGGCUCAGAGACGCAGGCGCUCACACACACCGUCACCGUGACGCCCAACAACGUCUCCACGGUCUGACGAGCGCUCAACGCGUUCACGUGUUGUCAGUGUGUUGAAUGCUACAGGAACCUCCUACUCUCACAACGUCCAGGUUGUGUAAGGGGCCGAUGGGGGAGUCGAUGGAGCCGAAGCACCAAAAAAGUAACGUUCCUAUAACAGCAGACACGAGAGAUGUAGUUCAAUGAGAUCAGAUUAGUGAAAACUUUUUACUUUGUGUUUGGGACGUCAAGCACCAUCAGACACAUCCGCAGUUUUGUCACCAUGACCGGUUAAAGUUUGAAUCCUGAUAAAUAAAAAUCAAUUCUAUAUUUAAAGGACAGUUAUAGAUAAAAACAACAGACACAAGUAAAAGUCUAUUUCAGAGGACUGCCUCGUGAGCGCCCUCUAGGUGAACGUGACACGUUCUCUGUGGACGAGCUCUUUUUUUUUUUUUUUACAGACGUUUUUUCAGGAUCCUUCAGGUGCUGCCAGAUUUAAGUGUUGACUUAAACUUAAGUCUAAAUUAAUUCCCUCCACGUUUCCCAGGACGUUACCUGAGGCACUGAUCACUCUCUGACUUACAGACACAAACUGAGGUCACGUUACGCUGCAGUUUUCUGUCUGUGGUUAAUCUUUGUUUACCCCGAUUACAGACGUGUAAAACAUCAGCCCGGUCAGCGUGAGUGACCCCAACUCAGGUCAGACACCCAAACUCUAAUCAUGCAUCAGCUUCUCUUUCAUGAAAGUUGUGUUUUAUCAAAAUAUUCAGUGAAAUAUGCAUAAAAAAAGGAAAAAUAAGAUAAAUGCAGUUUGAUACGUUUCAGUUCCAGAGAUAAUGAGGGUUUUGUUUUGCUUUAGGAAACUUACUGCACAUUUUCUCUGAUAUUUCUAAAGGAUCUUAACUUUGUAGAAUUAUUCCGUAUUCAAAAGUCCUGAUUCCGAGGCCCCGGUGACACAAACAGAUGUUGUGUAAACACUCGCACAUCUGCAAAGUGAAGCAGCAGUAUUUAUUUUUCACCGAUUCGGGGCCAAAGGGUGUUUGAUCGUCGGGCGUCUCAUGAUCACGUUACAGAAAGAUUUGAAAUCAAAUUGAAGUGCCCGUGUUACCAUCAGUGGCUCUGAAUGCAACAUGUUGCACAGUGCACUUGUGCACAUCUGGAGCACUCGACUGUAAAAUAUAUUUAUCUGCCAGGUUAUUGUUUUUAUGUCUGUGUGAAUGUGAAGACACCUGCGCUGGUUUACAUGUGUUUUAUGAGGACAUCGAGUCCAACACAUUUAAUAUGACUAACUGAGGAAAUAGAUUCAUUAUAAAGUUAGAGACGGUGGGUUGAUAUUUAUCUUUUUUUGUACAAUAGAUGUAACUUAGUUUUAUUCUUUUAUGAAAAAUCUUUAAAAUAUUAAAUUGUGCAUUUGCAACGUGUUACGAGCGAAGAGCUAAUGCUACCGCUAGGUUCCUCAGAGGAGACGUGAUGUUUUUAAAUUGAAUUCAUAUUGUUUAACAUUUAGCAGGUGUGUAUGUUCAACUGUAUUUAUUUAUAUACAUAUAUAUACAUAUAAAUAUAUGUGCAGUUUAAUUCAUGGCUCAGUUAAUCACCACUCCAGUGCCUAUAUAUCAAACUAUAACUCACUGUCUCGUAUUUCAUGGUUUGGAUUCAAUCUUACAUUUCAUGUUAUUAUUAAUAUUCCAUGUACUGAGCAUAAAAACACGUUGCUUCUGUUUUGAAUCUGCAAAGGUUUCAUAUGUUUAAAGUUGUGCCGUAAUGAAGAUACUGUGAUUUUAAGAUCUAUUCACAGUCUCAUUUCUUUUCUCUUACUUGAACAAGUGAAUGUUUCUUUUCCAGGUUCCUGUUUACGACGUGAUUGUUAAUAUAUAUAUAUAUCACUAUAUUCCAUCAGAUACAUAAACCAUGCACACAGAAAUGUACUGCAAACUGUUCACAUUAAACAAUGAUGAUAUAAAUGAGUGGAAUAUUUGUUGCACAUUAAAUUAAUAUAUUAUUUCAUCCACACCCUCAAGAUGUCUGAUUUUUAAAAGAGAUCUUUGCAUUAUUUCUCGAGCGACGUCUUAUCUCACGUUGUUAGAGACAGUGAAUGGAGCAGAAGUGUAAAAAUCAUAGAGCGUCUACUAAAUGCUCAAGAGCACCUAAUGUAGAUGAAUCUGCUGCUGGAAAUGGUUCCUGAGAGAAAUCCU